AUGAUCCGCCGGUGCGCAUUCGCUACUGUAGUGCCAACAGCUGGAGCACUGUGCCUUGCUGCGUCCCGGCGUGGCCUGCACUACGCACCGCGUCCGCGGGACAUACAGUUCCUCAUGGAAGACGUCUUCGACAUGUACCCACACUAUGCAAAGAUGGGGCGGGGGGACGUCAACAAGGAGCUCUUUGACGCUCUGCUCGACGAGAGCGCUAAACUGGCCACGCAGACGCUCUUUCCACUCUACACCACUUCCGACGAUGAGGGCUGUCACCUGCUUCCGGAUGGCAGCGUGAAGACGCCAAAAGGGUUCAAGGAGGCGUACAACGCCUUCAAGGACGGCGGCUGGGUCGGCAUCUCGCACCCCGAGGAGUUCGGCGGGCAGGGGCUGCCGGCCUCUGUUGGCUUCAUCCUGCGGGAGUUGAUGGCCACGGCGAACUGGCCGCUGUCGAUGUACCCCGGCCUCAGCAUGGGCGCCGCCAACACGUUGCUGGCGUGGGGAAACAAGGAACAGAAGGAGCUUUACCUUACCAAGCUCGUGACGGGGGAGUGGAGUGGCACAAUGUGUCUCACGGAGCCCCAGUGUGGGACGGACCUGGCGCAGGUGAAGACCAAGGCAGAGCCCUGCGGUGAUGGCACCUACAAGCUGAAGGGAACAAAGAUAUUCAUCUCCGCAGGCGACCAUGACAUGGUGCCCAAUGUUGUGCAUAUUGUCUUGGCGCGACUCCCCGACUCGGCGCCGACGACGAAGGGGAUCUCCCUCUUCCUUGUGCCGCGGCACGUAGUGAAGGCAGACGGCUCGCUGGAGCCUGCAAAAAAUGUGAAAUGUGUGGGCCUUGAGUCCAAGAUGGGAAUCAAAGGAAGUGCCACAUGCCAGCUGAGUUUUGAAGACUCUGUGGGAUACCUGAUUGGGGAGCCUAAUGCUGGGUUAAAGCAGAUGUUUACCUUUAUGAAUGCUGCUCGCGUCGGAACGGCGAUGGAGGGCAUCUGCCAUGCAGAACUUGCGUUCCAGAACGCCCUGCGGUACGCUCGUGAGCGGGGAUCGCAGCGUUCUCUCAGCGGCACCAAGUGCCCUGACAAGCCGAAUGAUUCUCUCGUGUGGCAUCCGAACGUACGCCUGAAUAUUCUUUUCGCAAAGGCUGUUGCAGAGGGUGGCCGCGCUUUCUUGAUGGAUGUGGGUCGCAUGCUCGACCUGCAGGACAGCGCGAAGGACGCGGAGGCAAAGAAAAGGUUGGAUCACGAGAUCGGCUUCUACACUCCUAUUGCGAAAGCGUGCCUAACGGAGUGGGGUGUGGAGGCGGCGUCGCGCUGCCUGCAGGUGUGGGGUGGUCACGGCUACAUCAAGGGCAACGGUAUGGAGCAGAUCCUCCGCGACGCGCGCAUUUCGACACUGUACGAAGGCACGACGGGUAUUCAAUCGCUUGACUUCAUUGGCCGAAAGGUCCUGCGGUCCAAGACGGACGAGGUGUCACGCUUUGGCACCAAGGUGAAUGCCUUCGUGCGGCCGUACUUCUUCAGCCGCGGCGCCAUUGGAAAACACGCCCGGCGCCUGUGGGUUCUGCAGAAGCAGUGGCGUGUGGGGCUCACAAAGUUAAAAAUGGCGGCGAUCAACGAUGUCGACACCGUCGGCGCCGCGUCAGAGGACCUGCUCAUGUACACCGGUUACAUGGUGCUCGGCUACUACUGGCUGCGCAUGGCCAUCGCCGCGCAGAAGCGUAUCGACGCUGGCAAGGACACCGACGGCUUCUACCAGUGCAAGUUGGACCUCUGCGACUACGUGUUCGAGUCCAUUAUCCCACGUGCGGAUGCGCACUUCCAAAUGAUGCAGAGGGGUUCGGAAAUCAUGAAGAGCAAGGAGACGACGUGGGACAUCUGCUAA